AUGAGCGAGUGCAAAAAGGAGUGGCUUUGCCUGAACUGCCAGACCCAGCGCCUCUUGUCUGGAGGUGGUUUGGACGAGCCCCCAAUGCCCGUACCGUUGCCUUCACCCAAGCACCAACCAACGGGCUCUCCUCGCCACCAGCCCUCCUCCGGACCUGCGUCAGCCCAACAGAGUCCGCUCCACAAAACCCCCACCUCUCAGCAGCAGGGGGCCAAGCCAGGGCAAAAACAGCCAUCUUCCACCGCUGGCAAACCCGCCAGCGAGGUUAAGACCACAGCGGAGGUGCCCAAACCAAUCAAAACGGAGGAGAAACCCAAGACAGAGCCAGAGAAGGAGGCGAAGAAGAAGGAGCCGAUCACGCCCAUCAAAGAAAUCAAGAAGUCCAAACACUAUGAUGACACAAAGAGCAGCAGCAACACGGACCUGUCUCGCAGUCCCCAAAGCCUGAGCGACACCGGUUACUCAUCGGACGGCAUCUCCAGCUCUCAUAGUGAAAUUACUGGCUUAAUCCAGGAAGAAGAGAUGAAACUUAGUGAACGAGGCCUGAUCACUAGUCGCGGAUCUCCACCAAGUCCUUCUGAAAUCACCAAAUUGGAAAGCAGCAUGCGGCCAUUACUAGAAAAGAGUCUGUCUGAGGAAAAACCAGACCGUAGAGGCCGCAAACACAGGGACAGAGAUUUGCGUCCAAGAAGUCUUUCGAUCCCACCUGACUCCUACGAUUCGGAUGAGGAGCUUGAGGAGAUUCAAGAAGAAGAGGAAGAUACUCCAGAAUGGGAGAGCAAACGUAAAGAAUCUAAAGAUGAGAAAAAGGAGAAAAAGAAAAAGGACACAGAACCUACGGAGAUGACUGAUGAGGAGUUCAUGCGGCGUCAAAUCAUGGAGAUGAGCGCUGAUGAAGACAUUGAGGAGGAGGAACUGGAGGAGGACGAGGAUGAAGAUGAAGGAUAUGGAUACCAGAAACCCAAGAAAAGUCACCAUAAGCAUGUUGGAGACUCUGGGAAGGAGAAACGCAGACUACAACAUCACUCCAGUAGCUUUGAAGAGGACACCAAAUCCAGUUCGGAUGUCUACAAAGGAUCACUAGAAGAAGGUAGAGAAACCAUCCAGUAUAACAACUACUACAGCGCCAUCUUCAACAUCUAA